ACAACACUGCAGUUAUUCACGUGUUCACAGGAGCUUUGAAGUUUACCCGUGGAUGUCAUGUAGCAACAUUGUGAUGGGUGCACACUGCACACAUUGCCAUAAAAGUGCAGACCCAGACACACGAAUGCCCCGACGAGAGAACCGAGGAAAGUUAUUCGGGGCGCGCAACUUCUCCAGACCUCACGAAGAGAUGACAUCCCACCUGAGAGACGCGCCACCUGAACUGCACGGUUUAUUUUGUUAACUGUGAAAAGUUUCAUGAAGAUAUACAAUGUUUAUGAAUGGGAGUUCUCUGAACAGCUCUGCACUGGACCCUAGCGAGCAAGCACUUCACCGGCCGCCCUGGGUCACUACAACUCUCGGGUGUUUCCUCAUAUUCACUAUAGUGGUGGAUAUUUUAGGAAACCUGCUGGUGAUUUUCUCCGUCUACAGAAACAAGAAACUUCGGAACGCAGGUAACAUAUUUGUGGUGAGUUUGGCGGUGGCGGACCUGGUGGUAGCCAUCUACCCAUAUCCGCUGGUCCUGACCUCCAUAUUUCACCGAGGUUGGAACCUGGGAUACAUGCACUGCCAGAUCAGUGGAUUCCUGAUGGGCGUCAGUGUAAUCGGCUCGAUUUUCAACAUCACCGGCAUCGCAAUCAACCGCUACUGUUAUAUCUGCCACAGCCUCAAAUAUGACAAACUCUACAGUGACAAAAACUCAGUUUGCUAUGUACUGUUAAUUUGGGCUUUGACGGUGCUUGCUAUUGUACCCAACUUGUUCGUAGGUUCCCUGCAGUAUGAUCCACGGGUUUAUUCCUGUACAUUCGAGCAGUCGGCGAGCUCGGCAUACACGAUCGCUGUCGUGUUCUUCCAUUUUAUUCUUCCCAUCAUGAUUGUCACCUACUGUUACUUGCGAAUCUGGGUUCUGGUCAUACAGGUGCGAAGACGAGUGAAGCCCGACAAUCGUCCCAAGCUCACGCCACACGAUGUGCGAAACUUCGUAACAAUGUUUGUUGUUUUCGUGCUCUUUGCCGUGUGCUGGGCACCAUUAAAUUUCAUCGGGUUGGCAGUAGCGAUUUCUCCUGAGCACGUGGUUCCUUUAAUACCCGAAUGGCUCUUUGUGGCAAGUUAUUUCAUGGCAUACUUUAACAGUUGUCUCAAUGCAAUCGUCUAUGGAGUUUUGAACCAGAACUUCCGUCGUGAGUAUAAGCGCAUCGUGGUUUCAGUAUGUACUGCCAGGAUCUUCUUUGGGGAAAGUUCUAAUGAAGCGCAAGAAAGACUCAAGAGUAAACCUUCACCACUCAUGACCAACAACAAUCAGGUCAAAGUAGACUCUGUGUAAGCGCUGAACGUGAAAAGAACACCGAAAACUAAGCAACUAAGCAAA